UCAUCUUUUGACGUUCAUAGCUACCCCUCAACCGACUUGCUUCGUCUCCUUGCUUCACUUCUUACCCAGAUUGCAUCCACCAAUGAUGUAAUUUCAGGUUCAGACCCAGCAUCCCAUACUUUGGCAGGUCUGUCGCAUAACAAUAUAUCAGAAGAUGCAUCUCGCUCCCCUAUUUGGUGCUCCCUUACCUCCGCUUCCCGUUCCUCCCUGUCAAAUCCUGCAUCCGCCCUCACUUUCCAUGCUCGCAACAUUCCAACUAUCGCACUCGAAUCAUACCUCUUACGAAUACUCAAGUAUUGUCCAACUACAAACGAGGUGUUUUUAGCCCUCCUCGUGUAUUUUGACCGCAUGUCUCGCCUCGCCUCCGAGGCUACGGGGCGCACGUUUGUUAUCGACUCGUAUAACGUCCAUAGACUUGUCAUUGCUGGCGUCACAGUCGCCAGUAAAUUUUUCAGCGAUGUAUUCUACACUAAUUCGCGGUAUGCGAAGGUCGGAGGUCUCCCUCAAGCAGAGCUCAAUCAACUCGAACUCCAGUUUUUGCUUCUCAACGACUUCAGACUCGUCAUAUCGCCUGAGGAGAUGCAAAGAUAU